AUGGAGUCCAGGAGUAAAGUGAGAAGGAUCAUAAAAAAGGAGAAUGAGGACUCUCGACUUUCUGAGACCAUAAUAUAUGAGUAUGUAGAGAAGCGGAGGCUGCGAUUGCAGCAGGAGGAACGGGCUCAGAGAGAGGCUGAGGCCAGAGAAGAGUUCUUAAGCGCUGAGGUGAUGCGUGAACUCAAGCAGAACUCAAGCCUCCAUCUGGUGAGAGAACAGAUGAAGACACGCCACCAAUGUGGGCUGGAGUUCGAGCGCAGGAAGGCCCAGCAAAGGUGGCGGCGUACAGAAAAAUGUGCUCAGAACAAUAAACGCUUUCUGGAGGAACGGCAUAAAAGUGAGGAGCAGGAGGAGAGAGAGAUCCAGAAGAAGGUGGAACAGGAAAAGUACAAGGAGCAAGUGGAGAUGGCCAUCCGUACAGCCUCCAUGGAAAACCGUAUCGCUCUUCCUCUGGGGGGCCAAAGAAACGGUGACGUCGACAAUCGUCUUCAUUUCUUCAAGGACGGACAAGGCUUCAUUGUGAACUCCAAGAGAAAGUUUGAGCCUUGUCAACAAAGAAACAGGGAAGAAGAUAAUCGUCUUCACUUUUGCAAGGACAGACAAGGCUUCAUUGUGAACUCCAAGAGAAAGUUUGAGCCUUGUCAACAAAGAAACAGGGAAGAAGAUAAUCGUCUUCACUUUUGCAAGGACAGACAAGGCUUCAUUGUGAACUCCAAAAGGACCUUUGAGCCUCGUCAGCCUUUAAUUUUGACCGAUGAGACACCCAAAAAACAGGUGACAGUACCUCAAGGCAACACCACUCCAAUACCAAAGAGUGUGAAACAACCCCACGUCAAGGUGUCCAACCCCCCCUCCCAUGGCAAACACAAGACCUGUUAUCUACGGGAGGCCCUACCAGAGUGUGGUUGGACCCCUCAUAUGGGGUUUCUAACCACACCCUUCAUCAUCUGUGGGGGUUGGCUCUUUAUCCUACCUGAUGUGGCCGUAAACAUAGACGGGGAUUUUUUUGUGAGCGGCGGUGGUCUUCAGACAGCCUUCAAAGUGGGACGCAUCACCUUCCACUGGGGGCGCUGUAACGCAACAUCAGACGGCUCUGAACACAGCCUCAACGGAGUCAAAUAUCCUUUAGAGAUGCAGAUUUACUGUUACGACCCGGCCCGUUUCGACUCCGUGGAUGAAGCGGUGAAGGCGGGGGGCCAGAUCACCGCUCUGGCCGUGCUCUUUGAGACGAGUCCUGAAGGCAACAGCAACUACAUCCCAAUCAUUGAUGCCAUCAACUCUGUUUCCAGAUACGGUAAAACCAGCCAAGUGUACCCCUUCGCUCUGCGUGGCCUGCUGCCAAACGCCACGGACAAAUACUUCAUCUACAACGGCUCUCUGACCACGCCCCCCUGCACCGCCACCGUGGAGUGGGUGGUCUUCAAGAACACCGUGUCCAUCUCUGACGAACAGCUGGAGAUGUUCUGUGAGGUGAUGACCAUGCAGCAGGCGGGCUACGUGAUGCUGAUGGACUAUCUGCAGAACAACUACAGAGACCAGCAGGAGCAGUUCAUGGGACAGGUCUUCUCCUCCUACACGGGCUCCGAGGAGGUCUACACCCCAGUGUGCAGCUCUGAGCCGGAGAACGUCCAGAGCAUGCCGUACAACCUGAGCAGUCUGCUGGUGAUGUGGGAGAGGCCGCGCGCCGUCUACGAGGCCGGCAUCGAGAAGUACUCCGUCACCUACUGGCCCACCAACACAGACUACCCCACCGCCACCGAGUACCUCACCGACGGAGACCAGGACGUGGGCGCCAUCUUGGACAACAUGGUCUCCAACACGAGCUACAUGAUCCAGGUGGUGGCGGUGUGCACCAACGGUCAGUACGGGCGCAUGAGUGACCCGCUGAAGGCCGACAUGCCCUUCGAGGCCCCGGAGGAUUCACUCAUAUCCAAUUCCAAUGACUUUGAUGAAGAUGACUAUGGCCCUGAUUCUUCCUGGAACGAAUCGGUCGAAAAGGAGGAUUACGGAAUUGCUCUAAUUCCCACAAAAUCUACAAGCACGACAACCACAGAAUUUCCGCGAUUGCCUCCACCGGGAUUCAAAUCUACAACCGCAGAGCCGAGUUGGAGAAAGACAGUCGAAUCUAACUGGAAGAACACUGGCAAAACAACUAGCAAGAGGAUGACCACGACCAGCUCUCCGUUUGUCAAGGCUUCCAGUGAGCGACGGCCGUACCAUCCUGCCAGAGACGGACCCAAACGUAACGCAAGUAUGUUCACGACAACGGAAGCCCCUCCUGUCUUCCAACAAGAAAACGCCUCGACCCCUGUCACUCCCUUCUCCCAAGAAAACGCCACAACUCCUAUUAUACCCUUUUCCCAGGAAAAUGCCACUACCCCUAUUGUCUCCUUCUCCCAAGAAAACGCCACUACCCCUAUUUCACCCUACUCUCCAGAAAACACCACUACCCUUAACAUCUCUUCAGCCCAAGUCCCCUCUAUCCAACCCACACCUUCUAGUCCCAGUACGUCUUCCUCCACGACUCCCUUUGGCACGUUCACAGACCCACAGACUUCUCUUCCAAACGCUACAAAGUCUGUUCCAAUCCAGUCUGUUCCAUCGUUUUCAGACAAAGCGACUUCCCAAACACCCACCUCAGCAACCAUACCCUUUAGCUCCACGCCAGAUGUUACAACUUUAGAUACUAGCAGCGCAUCCGGGUCUGCAACAUUAAACGAAGGCGUAGAUCUAGAAUGGGACCGAAUUCAAACCUCUGCGUCUGGGGAGGAAAUUACCAACUUUUCGACUAACUCUAGCAUUACUGCACCCCCGACAUUGAUGCCGUCUUCCGAAUCGGGUUCGUCGGACGAUUUGGAAGACCACUCAUCGGCGUUUUACUUCGAAAGCGGAAGCACUCUCGGAUCCCAGGAUACAGGGAGCGCCUACAACCCGACCGUUACCAUGAUGACACCGGUUGAUUUUCCUCAAACUCUGAACAGUGGAGAUGGAGAAAGCGGGUCAGGGCAAGGGGAGGGCCUGAAUGACAACGAGACAUCCUCAGACUUCAGCCUGGUAGACCGGAGCGAAAAAGAGGAGGAGCCAGUUGCAGACACUUCACAGAAGGAGCGUUCCACUGCCCUGGACAAGGGCUUCUCCUGA